AUGUCUCGCAAGCUGACAUACGCCGACGUGGAAGCCCACACGGGGAGACACGACCUCUGGGUCAUCAUCCACGGCAAGGUGUUGGAUCUCAGCAAAUUUGUGGAUGAGCACCCCGGCGGCGAGGAGGUUCUCGUGGAUCAAGGGGGAAAGGACGCCUCAGAUGCCUUCGAGGAUGUCGGCCACAGCCCCGAGGCCCGGCAGCUCCUAGAGACACUAGUCAUUGGCAGUUUGGACAAAAAGGUGUGA